UCCUCUGGAGGCGGCCAUUUUUUCCCACCGAAUCAGCCACGACGGUGGGAAAAUAAAUUACGCAUAACUUUUAAAUCGGAACAGUGUACUAUAUUAAAUCUUUGACAAUUGCAGUUGCCCAUCCAGCAACAUGUCAAAAGGAGGUGCAACCUCGGACAAAUUGACACGUAUUGCCAUUGUAAGCACUGACAAAUGCAAGCCAAAAAAAUGUCGACAGGAGUGCAAGAAGGCAUGUCCUGUUGUCAGAAUGGGGAAACUGUGUAUAGAAGUAUCACCGGCAGAUAAGCUUGCAUUCAUAUCAGAAGAACUAUGCAUAGGUUGUGGUAUUUGUGCAAAGAAAUGCCCAUUUGAAGCUAUUUCUAUCAUUAACCUUCCCAGCAACUUGGAGAAGGAUACCACUCACAGAUACAGUGCAAACUCCUUUAAACUACACAGGUUGCCGAUACCAAGACCAGGUGAAGUGCUGGGGUUGGUUGGGACCAAUGGUAUAGGCAAGUCAACUGCACUGAAGAUUCUGGCUGGAAAACAGAAACCCAACCUUGGAAAAUUUAAUGAUCCACCUGACUGGACAGAGAUCCUAACAUACUUUAGAGGGUCAGAACUCCAAAACUACUUCACCAAAAUCUUAGAAGAUGAUUUGAAAGCUGUAACAAAACCUCAGUAUGUUGAUCAGAUUCCCAAAGCAGUCAAGGGUUCUGUACAAUUCCUUCUGGAUAAGAAGAAUGACAAAAAAAACCAGGAGGAAGUGUGUGCUCAGUUAGAUUUGCUUCAUGUACGAGACAGAAAUGUAGAAGCUUUGUCUGGAGGAGAACUACAAAGAUUUGCCUGUGCUAUUGUGUGUAUACAGGAAGCAGACAUCUUCAUGUUUGAUGAACCAUCUAGUUACCUGGAUGUAAAACAGAGAUUAAAAGCUGCUAUUGCAAUUCGAGACCUCAUUGCCCCAACAAAGUACAUUAUUGUUGUGGAACACGAUUUAUCUGUCCUCGACUAUCUGUCAGACUUUAUAUGCUGUCUCUAUGGUGUCCCAGGAGCAUAUGGUGUCGUCACUAUGCCCUUCAGUGUGCGAGAAGGUAUAAACAUAUUUCUUGAUGGAUUUGUUCCUACGGAAAAUUUAAGAUUCAGAGAAUCUUCACUAACAUUCAAGGUGGCUGAAACUGCAAUGGAGGAGGAGAUUAAGAGGAUGCGUCGUUACGAGUAUCCAACAAUGUCAAAAAAGCUUGGUAAUUUUGAAAUGAGUGUUGUUGAAGGCCAAUUUACUGACUCAGAAAUUAUUGUGAUGUUGGGAGAAAAUGGUACAGGGAAGACAACCUUUAUAAGAAUGAUGGCUGGCAAACUGGAACCUGAUACAAACGAAAAGUGUCCAGUGCUGAAUGUGAGUUACAAGCCACAGAAAAUUAGUCCAAAAUCGCAAGGUUCAGUACGACAAUUGCUACAUGAAAGGAUACGAGAUGCCUAUAUUCAUCCUCAGUUUGUCACUGAUGUGAUGAAGCCCCUGCUUAUUGAGGCCAUAAUGGACCAAGAGGUACAGAACUUGUCUGGAGGAGAGCUGCAGCGGGUGGCCCUGACCCUAUGCCUUGGAAAACCAGCUGAUGUGUACCUGAUAGACGAACCAUCUGCCUACCUCGACUCAGAGCAGCGUCUUCAUGCUGCUAAAGUUAUCAAAAGAUUUAUUUUGCAUGCUAAGAAGACUGCCUUUGUGGUGGAGCACGAUUUCAUCAUGGCUACCUAUCUUGCUGACCGUGUGAUAGUAUUUGAUGGAAAUCCGGGCAUUAAAACCAGGGCCAAUGCACCACAGUCAUUGUUGAAUGGAAUGAACAAAUUCCUGAUGUCCUUGGAGAUCACCUUCAGAAGAGACCCCAACAACUAUCGACCGAGGAUCAACAAACGUAAAUCAGUCAAGGAUUCCGAGCAGAAGAAAACUGGAAACUACUUCUUCCUUGAAGAUUGAAGCUGUUCUUCUGUGUUAAUGGCCUGGCUUAUCUCCCUUAAAGGCAGACUGCUUCACUCUUUCUGGUGGUGAAAAAUUGUUGGAUAUGAACCUGCGAAUAAACCUGAAAAUAAAUUUUAAAUCUGUGAAGCAGCUAGUGUUUUGAUAUUUUAGGACUGUUGAUCCUCAGGAUGGUGACACUGAUUGGUCUGAACCUGUACAACAUCAUUACCAACAGUUCUGUUCUUAGAUCUGUGGACUUGGGGGAAAAAAAGACAUUGCUUCUGGCUCUGGAUCACUGCUGCAUAUAUACAGUUGCACAAUAACUUACAAUUGUGCAGUUAUCUUUAUAGAGGGCCACUGCUGCAAGACUUUUCCUUGACAGAGAUUCCACCUCAGAGAAAUUUAUUGAAUCAACAAAUCUUUAUCAACAGCAAAAUUUUCUCCAAACUUCAAACUUGUAAACCCUUUAUCAAAGUGCUUUUGAUCCCUUUUGUUGACAGAUAAAUGUGAUUUAUAUAAGAACUGUCUUGUGGACAUUUUGUUUUCUAUUAUACUUAUUGAGAGGGAUGGGACCUUUUGGGUAUGUUAUGACAAAUGAAAUUUGUAUUUUGAUCAACUGUUACCAGGACUUAUUAAAUUAUUCUGUGCAAGAUGA